AUGCCGAAACCACAAGUAUUGCAGGCCAAUCUACGGUUCAUACAGCACAGAGCUGCCUUAGCCAAGACAUUUCCGCGUCACACGCAGCAGCAACAGGUUAUGCCGGUUCCAUCUGUACCUCCCAUCAUGGCAACCAGCGCUUCCGCAGUAGUCCCCCAACCAAGUUUUCACGGUGACUACAAAAAGGAGGAAGAACCUACCAAUUGGAUAAGAAAAUAUCAACUAUCAUUGCCGCCUUCAUACUCAGAUGCAGAUAAGAUUGCCCGGUUUGAACUGCAGUGCGCAGCAACGAGCCCAGCAGAAGAAUGGUUCACAAGCUUACAAGCAAUGGACAAGGCAACCUGGGUAACAUUUUUAGCAGCAUUCAAGAUACAGUGGCCUCCACCAGUCCAUGCGAAGCUCAUGGUCACCCAGAAGAAGGAAUGUCUCAAGUCUGUUGUACUGAAGGAGGAGGACAUUGGAGUCAUGAUUGAGAAGGACAGAGGGUGGGACUGGGGCCACGUAAAGUGGGCCAAGCAGGUCGCGCAAAUGGCACAAGGGUUCGGUGAUGUACACUGCCACUUCCUAGAUGUAGUUCUGGAAAACACACCCAAAGUUUUGCGGGACUUCCUUGCAGAUCACUAUACUACAUGGGCAGAAUUUGAGGCCAACAUGGCAAAAACCUCUGCAUCCCAGCUCAACCAGACAUCGAGCACCCGCAAAACACCAGAUCCAUCAUCAUCCCAAGCCAUGCAACCUUCAUUCUCCCUCCCAGCUGCCUAUCGCUAUGGACCUCGUUAUAUUCCUAACCCAACCAUCCCACCACAGCCGGCACCUCCAUACCAGACAAUACCACCAGCCCCAACGCACGCACAACCACUCCCAGCAGCACCAGCCCCCCAAACCCCCCAGAACCCGUUUAGCAGGACAGCGCCAGUACCCAGAACGAACCUUUUCUACGGUUUUCGGGGAGGAUACCCGCAAACACCAUCGCGUGGAAGGGGGGCCUCAGGAGCAGAUCGUGCAUGA